UAAUAUGUUAGGGAAAAUUUGUUUAUAUUUCAACUCGAAAAAUUCAAAAUUGUUGUUACCCAAAUUAGCAUUCCAAGUCCUAGUCUAAAACCAUUGGAAAUGGCUCAACAGGCACAGUACCCGGAGGCAGUUGAGAUCUUGCAGCAUUUCUCGCUUAGCGAGGAGAAGAUGCACGAGAUUAUCCACCGUCUGACCAAGGAGAUGAACAUGGGCCUGAAGAAGGAGACCCAUCCCAGAGCGACUGUCAAGUGUUUCGUCACUUACGUGCAGGACUUGCCGACGGGCAAGGAGCGGGGCAAGUGUCUGGCCCUCGAUCUCGGCGGCACCAAUUUCCGUGUUCUGCUCGUAACGCUGAAGAGUGAGACGGAUGUGGAUACUGAGUCAAAGAGUUACGUGAUCAGCAAGGCGCUGCAAGAGGGGCCGGGCAAGCAACUAUUCGAUUUCAUUGCCGAAUGCUUGUCGGACUUUUGCAAGGAGCACAAAAUUGAGAAGGAUAAUAUUCCGCUGGGAUUCACCUUCUCCUUUCCGUGCAAGCAAAAUGGCAUUGACAAUGGCACCCUGGUCGCCUGGACGAAGGGCUUCCAGGCCGAUGGUGUUGUCGGUAAGAAUGUGGUCGAGUUGCUCCGGGAGGCCAUCAAUCGGCGUGGGGACUUAAAGGUCAAAGUUGUGGCCAUACUCAAUGAUACGACGGGAACGCUUAUGUCCUGCGCAUUCCGGGAGCGCAAUUGCCGGAUAGGCAUGAUUGUCGGCACUGGUAGUAAUGCCUGCUACGUGGAGAACACGUCCAAUUGUGAAACAUUUGAGGGCUAUCAGACGAGUUCCAAGCCCAACAUGAUCAUCAACUGUGAGUGGGGUGCAUUUGGGGACAAUGGUGUUCUGGACUUUGUGCGCACAUCCUACGACAAGACGAUCGACUUGGAGUCAGUGAAUCCGAAGAAGCAGAUCUUCGAGAAAUCCAUUUCGGGCAUGUAUAUGGGCGAGGCAGUGCGUCUUAUUGUUGUGGAACUGAUGGAAAAGGGGGUCCUCUUCAAGGGAAGAACAUCGCAGACCCUGCAGCAGAAAUGGAUAUUCAAUACCCGUUACAUAACGGAGAUUGAGUCCGAUUCGCCUGGUCAUCAUCGGAAUGCCGCCAUGGUCUUGGAUCAAUUGGGCAUCCGCACGACCAAUGAGAGGGAUUUAGCCUGUCUGCGCUUUAUCUGCGAGGCUGUAUCGGUGCGCUCCGCCAAGCUGGCAGCCUGCGGACUCGUCGCUCUUAUCAAUAAGAUGAACGCCAAGGAUCUGGUGGUGGGCAUCGAUGGCAGCGUUUAUAGAUAUCAUCCUCAUUACCAUGCGCUGCUAAUGGAAAAUAUGAAUUUAUUGCUGAAGGGCUCUGUGAAGUUUCAGCUAAUGCUCUCUGAGGAUGGUUCAGGACGUGGCGCAGCACUAAUCGCUGCUGUUAGCAACAAAUAAUCGCAAAUUUAUUAAUAAACUUUGAUUAUAUUA